AUGGCGCAUGUUUCAAACAACGACGAACGUCCGUUGGGAUCGGCGUGUGACGAAUCAUCCUCCACUGUGGCCAGUGUCUAUUCGACGGUAGCCCGUGGCUACAACUGCACAACGGUAGCCAGUAGCUACAACUGCUCAUCAGUAGCCACUGGCUACAACAGCACAUCGAUAGCCACUGGCUACAACAGCACAACGUUAGCCAGUGGCUACAUCAGCACAUCGGUAGCCAGUGGCUACAACAGCACAACGGUAGCCACUGGCUACACCACCAGCCUUCUCCUGACGGAACCCAACCCCUCUGACGUCAUCGACGACGACCACCACAGCCCCACUGACCUUUCCUUCGCCGUCAUCAGCCUAGCGGCGUCCGUGUUCAUCAGUCUCGGCAACUCCAUGACGCUGCUUGCCAUCUGGCACAACCGCCACCUCCAGACGACCCCCAAUCUGUACAUCGGGUCUCUGGCUCUAGCAGACGUUCUGGUCGGGCUGAUGCUGUUCGUUCAGGGGAUCUCAAGCAUGAACAUCGAGGGUCGUUUUCUGGAGGAGAUUGAAUACGCUUGUUUAAGUCUUAUGAGUCUGUUGUUUGUUUCCGUGUGUGCUUCUAUGUUUAGUACACUACUCGUGUCAUUGGAUAGGUAUAUGUAUAUUAUUUAUUCGCUGCAUUACGCACGUUAUGUUACGAAAGAGAGGUCAGCUAUUGUUAUACUAGUCACAUGGGUGUUAGCAGUAUUAUACGGUACCGUGCCUUUAUACACGAGUAACUUCCACACUGGAGAAGGAUGCAUGCCGACUCACAUCUUUUCCAAGGUCUACAUGAUCAUGGUGCACCCGUGCUUGUUUUUCACCGUCAGCGUCGUGACGUUCUGCCUAUACGUGCAGGUGGGACGCGCGGCCCUGCGGCAACAAAAACUGAUCAGGGAUCAGAAGUUGGCGACCAACAAGUCUGAGCUCCCUGGCGCCACCAAGCGGUUCUCCCAGCGCAACCUCCGUCUGCUGAAGCUGCUCAUGUCCGUGUUUGGUCUGUUCUUCCUCUGCUGGUGUCCGCUGUUGGUCAUCGCUUGUAUCGAGUACACGGUCCAUGUGAGUCACGUGGCUUUGAACGUCGCCAGCCUCGUUGCCGUCCUGAACUCGGCCAACAACUUCCUCGUCUUAGCCGCCAUGAACAAAGAGUUCCGGAGCGAGUUCCGGAGGCUGUUGUCGGCCGUGCGGCAUUGUUCCGGUUGUCGGAACGAUCAAGUCCACCCGGCGCCGACUGUUUCUGUCGUAUCCUCCACAAACCCUGGCUAA